AUGUCUGCGGAGAAUCUAGACACGGAACGUGUCAUAACAGAAGUCCGAGAUCAACCAUCAUUAUGGGAUCUUAGCGAUAUUUUGUAUAAAGAUCGUGAUGCGAAACUACAAGAGUGGACAGAAGUAUGCCGAGCAUUGUUUCCUGGUUAUGAUGAUUUACCAGAUAAGGAGAAACAGGAAAUUGGUGGUGGGAAGAAAUCCAAAUACGUGUAUUUUGAACACAUGCAGUUUCUGGACAAAAAACAUAUUGUUGAUACUAUUGAAUCUAUUAAUGAAUGUCAAAAUACGAAUGAAACAUGCAGCAUUCCACCACCUAGCCACUCUACGCACAAUCAAUCUCAGUUGCCUUCAACAAGUCGAGAUGCUGGUAAUUCUUCAGGAAUUACGCUUACCCCACCCACCAUCUCUGCACCAAACCAAACUACAUUUCAGAAAAACCCAAAAAAACGUAAAAACCGCGAGGAUUCUGCUUUUGAUAAAGAAAUGUUGAAUUUUUUUAAAGAAAACAGUGAGAUGAUGAAAAACGACGAUAUGGGAUUCUUCUCUUCCCUAUUACCUAUUACAAAAUCAUUCAACAUUCGCCAAAAACUAUUAUUUCGGUCAGAAAUACUUCGCAAAGCUAUGGAAAUUUCAAAUAGCACUGCAGGUUUUCCCUCAAUGUGUGAUCAUAAUUAUUUUUCCACUCGCCCUAUAUCUACCUCUGGCCCUGGAUCUUCUACAUCUACCUGUACAUCAUACACGAUCACAUCACCAGGCUCUCAAAAAGAUGUAACGUUGUACACAGUUGAUGAAACUGAAGCUGCAAAUGCAAAUGUAGCCUCUCAAAUACAGCUGUCUGAGCAGCAGUAUUCAUCCCAAGCAUUGGGUAAUUUUCCGCAAGAACCUAUCGCUUCUCAAAUGCAACUAUCUGAACAGCAGUAUUCAUCGCAAACAUUGGGUAAUUUUCCGUAA